AUGGUCUCAGCACUCAUUUUACUAGCAGAUGGCACGGAAGAGAUGGAGUUCACUAUCAUCUAUGACACUCUCGUCCGCGCUGGGAUCAUCUGUACCUCCGCUUUCGUCCCUUCCGACGCAAGCGCAGCAGAUACGGAUGCGCGCAUCAGCCCUCCGUUUGCAAAGGGCUCCAGGGGGAUCCGAAUUCAGCCAGACACUUACUUCUCUCUACAAGCUCUGCGAGUCGAGAAGUUUGGCGCGAUUAUCAUCCCAGGUGGGGCACAGGGUGCGAGAACAAUGGCUGAGUCGCCCGCUGUGCAGCGCCUUGUACGUGAAUUCUAUGAACAGAAGAAGAUUGUAGGUAUGAUCUGCGCAGGAAGCAUGGCGGCGCUCACGUCGAAGCUUCCCAAGCAACCAUUGACCUCUCAUCCAUCUGUGAAGUCAAAGCUUGAGACAGAAUAUGACUACCGUGAGGAUUCUGUAGUCGUCUCGGGUAACCUCAUCACUAGCCGUGGCCCAGGCACUGCGUUUCCCUUUGCUCUCACUCUCAUUGAGCACCUCUGUGGCGCCACUAAGCGCGAAGAAGUCCAGGGGCCAAUGAUGUUCCCGCCCGAGACGACUUGGUGAUCCUAUUCGUCGUACACGCGAGGAAAUUCAAACCCAUGUUUGUAUAAUAGACAUAGCUUCGAACAAAAUGCAUCGGCUCAAUUCAACAUCUC